CAGGGGAGCGGUAGGGCAACUGCCAUGGUAGAUGUUGAAUCUAACCGUGAAUCACUUGUGGAAGAAGAUGAUCCACUUGUGGAAGAAGAUGAUCUGAUCGUUCAAUUGUGGAGUCUAAAACAUGUAUCACAUAUUCGAAGUUAUAUUGAAGCUUUUGAUGAGCUAAAUUCUAGGGCUGGUAUAGAAGAGGAUCAAGCAUUGAGUGUAUUUUUGUCGAGGUUAGUAGACGAAAUACGGGUACCAGUUUGUAUGUUUGAACCAAAAACAUUAGCUGAAGCUUAUGCUCUCUCUAAGCUUCAAGAGCUUACAAUAACUGGUGUUUUCUGGUGUGACCGUAAAGAGCGACAUGAGGAUGAAGUAGAUUAUUCUACGAAGGAUAGUAUUCGGAAUCCAACUCUUAAAACUGAAUGGAAAUUGGAUAGUGAAAUGGAAGAUGAAACAUAUGCAGAUGAGGAGAUUGACCCAGAUGCUGAAAUUGAUGUAUUUGAAGAGGAAGAAGCUGACUGGGAUUAUUACAUUGAGAAGGAAAUUGAUGUAACUACUACAGAAAUUGCUUCUGAUACUGCUAUUCAAACAGAGAUGGAUCAAUCAGCUGCUUAUGUUGAAGCUGCAACUGAAGUACUAAUGGAAUGUUCUCUAGAUUCUGCUCACUGGGAUUCGAAAUCCUUGCAAAAUACCCAAAUUCAGAUAUACAGGGAUCAAUCAUUUCCUGAUCCUCAGAUUGAAGAUAUAGAAGUGAAAGCUGCAAUGGAAGGGGAGGUUGCAGAUAUGAAGAAGGUGGAUAAGGAUUCUUGGUUGGCUGGCCUUAUGCAGAGUGAGGGAAAGAAGAAGGAGAUGGGUGAAGCUUUGAGGCGUUUUGGAAAUCGGAGUUCUGACUGUACGAUGAUAGUUAGAGUUUGGCAGGCGAGUGUAUGGAACGGGGAAGUGAAGAUGAAGCACAUGGUGGUCUCAGUUGAUAGUUGUAUAGUCUUUAAAGGAGGUGGUAUGACUAGAGUUGCUUAUAGGCAAGUUCAACGUGGUGAAGUAAUUGGUGGGAAUUUGGGGAAACAAAUUGAUCUAGAUAUGGAGAGUGCAUCGAUAAGGCAGCUGAAGAUUUUUCAAUAUAGAGAUGAAAAUUUGAAUAAGACCAUUGAGCAUUUCUAUGUGCAUUUUGGGCAGAGAUUGGGUAGAUUUUUCACAAAUGGUGUGUAUGGACAGUUUGAGUCUCCACAACUUCGAGAUAUGUUAAAUUGUUUUGGUGUUGGGAGGCUGUUGACGGUGACGGGAGGACUCAUUACAUAUGAGGGCGCUGGUGCUUUCAGUUUCGUGAAUGACUGGAAGGAGCAAGGCUUAUCUCUUGAGUUCAUUAGUUCAGAUUAUGAUAUUGUGCUGAUGGAUCUCAUUGUCACUGCUUUGGGCCUGGUAUAUGAUGAUAGCAACAACAAACCGUGACUGGAUGGAAGCUGCAAAGAAUGCCCUGUGACUGUGACUGUGGCUGCUAAGGUUAAGGAGAUUGUUGUUGCGGUUGUUGUUCGGGUUGGAAUGGCGAGUGUUGUUGAGAAGGUUGAUUGUUGCGGCGACGGAUGAGAAAACUGCUGGAAAUGGUACCUUACAAUGGCUGUAUUGGGUUCUUUUGUCUACGGUAAAGACGAAGCGUUUGCAAAUCGUAGCUAAAAGGGUCUUCGACGGUGGCGACAUGGAUGGGCCAUUCAUUUGUAUGCUCCACAUGGGAAUUUUUUGUUAUAUGAUACUCCACACUCUGAGUGUAGCUCGUAUGAGUUCACAAUCGUGCAACAAUGCAACAUGGCAUCGCCAAGCGCUUUGGUGGAAUUCACGGAUGAGAUCAACACUCAAUUUUCAUUGUUCCUUGAGGACAAGGAAUUCUAUGGGGAGAGUAUUGACAGCAACUAAAUGGAAGAUGCAAUGGAAAUCUUAUGGAAAGAGUAUGGCUGUGGAGGGAGAGCCGAUUAUGUAUGUGAAGGAUGCUUUUGCAAUUUAUGAAGAGGAGCUUGGCAAAUCCAGGAAUUUGUUCUUAUAUUUUGGUGCUGAUGCAAGGGCUGGGAAGAGGCUCGAUAAUGGUAAGGUGAAGGGAAAUGAAUCGGAACAAUACGUUGCUGCAUUUUCAAAUUACAAGACUUGUUUACAAGCAAAGAAGCUUAUGGAAACUGAAUGUCUAGCAAAUGCUAGGCAAAAUGCCCAUUUGAGGAUGCUUGCUACCAUUUUGAGUGUGAUAAGGAAUCUAAAGAGGUUGUUUGUUAGAUUUCCUAAGCUAAUGAUGAAUAUGAAAUUAGUAUGAAUUUUGUUUUGUGAGUUGUUGAGAGAAGCUGAUAUGCUGGGAGUUUCGAGGAUUAAAGUUGUCUGCCAAGGCGCUCAUGCUUGGGGUUUGGAGCAAGGACUUCGAGUGAAUGCAUCUAAGGCUCUUCGUUCUUCAACAAAGGAGACGAUGGCAGUUCGUGAUGUUCUAAACUCAGCACUUGAAGAAGAGAUAGCCCCUGAUUCAAAAGUCUCGGUAAAGGGUGAAGAGGUUGGCAAGUACCACGAUGCAUAUAAGCUUACAAAAGGGCUUCUCGACAAGUUUGGUCCAGAGGAGAGGGGGUGCUGGAUACAACCACCACUAAGGCUGGAUUUCUGGAAUACAAGUUGCUGCAGUAUAUUACAGUUCAAGGCCUGUAAUUGAGCCUAUGACAUUCCCCUUCUCAAUGCAAGCUAUUGAUCACCUUAGUUAUUCUAUUGGUAAGAUUAAGCACUUGAACUUAUCCUUGUGAUUCCUUGAGGACAAGGAAUCUUAAGGGGGAUGGAUUGUUGCAAUCACAAAUUAUCAUAUGCAAUGAGCAAGCUGAGGUGGAGAGGAAAAAGCCACGUCGACAAGUGAGUGUAAUCGUCUAAUAUGAGCGGGCGGAAUUGAGCUGACUCAGCGAGAGUGUGUAGCUAUAAAUAGAAGGCAAAGGGCAGUUGUUAUUCAGUCAUGAAAAUUGUGUGAAUGUGUGCAUGAGCACCUUAGGCUGAGGAUCCAGGAUCCGAAGCAUUUUAUCAGUUCUCUUUAUCGUGCUGCUUUCGUUAUCAUUUACUUAUCGCAUUGUUUCUCUGAUCUCAUUAUCAAUCUACAUUCAGUGUUUAUCUCGUUCCAUUCCUGCGUUCAAUUGUUUGUUGUGUUGAUUGUGUGGUUGGUUGUUGUGUCGAUUGGUUGUGCGUUGCGAUCUUAGCUGGAUCGGGCUGGAAUCGCAACAGUUUGCGAGGAAUGAAUUUAGCUUGGAAUCGAAGGCCACAAUUGGGGUUGAAUUCCAGACCAAGUCACUUCUCAUCGAUCAGAAAACUGUAAAGGCACAGAUUUGGGAUACUGCAGGUCAAGAGAGGCAGGGCUCUGCAUAUACAUACAGAUGCUUAGAGAAUCCAAAUCAUUAUGAUAUUGUUGGACCUUAAAACUUAAAAGGCUCUGCGACGAUGAUCCUAGGUAUCGAGCAGUGACGAGUUCAUACUAGCAAAACGCCAAUCCUUUGAUCACAUGGCGAGAUGGCUGGAGGAGCUAAGGGGGCACGCUGACAAGAACAUCGUGAUAAUGCUGAUCGGGAACAAGUCCGGUUUGGGGACACUCCCAGCAGUCCCCACAGAGGACGCUCAGGAGUUUGCUGAGAGGGAGAAUCUGUACUUCAUGGAGACGUCGCAACGAAUGUGGAGAUAUAUCGGAUUGUGAGCAAGAAAGCUCUGGCUGCCAAUGCCGAACUCUUCUUCUUUGAAGGCGACUGCCAUCAUUGUCAGUAGUCAAGGAGAUAAACAGUCUAAGUCUGGUUGUUGCACAUGACCAAGUUUUCUUGUUUCUUCAUCUUUACUCAUUGAUUGUACACAUCUUUUUUGGUUUAGAUUAGUCUAUUUUGUUUUUGUGGUUCAAUUUCACAUGAUUGAGCAUAUUUUGAUGUAACUUCCAAUAAAUAUUUAGCAGCAAAUUUGCAUUUUUUGUAUA